AUGCUCUACUGGAUUCUGGUCUCUACUCUUGCUCUUAUGGUCUCUGCAGCAAAUGUGACAGUCGAUGAUACUGGACAGGACAUCGUCUAUUCUGGGAGCUGGAAUAUUGGAAAUACUUGCACGGUCUGCGUUGCCCAACCACAGGGGAACAGAACAUACCAGCAGACCUGGCACGACGUAACCAGAGAUGCAGGAGGCUCCGUGACGCUCUAUGGAAUCCUAGCCGAUAUUGUUAGAGAUGGCUUUACGACUAAUGUUAACUUGACAAUAUCAAUUGACGGGGAAGCGAAGGGAGUAUACCAGCAUGUUCCUCAACCCCUGAAUACAUAUUCAUACGACGUACCCAUGCUGUCGGUCUCUGGACUGAGUGCCGGAUCACAUACAUUGCGUGCAGAGUUGGAGCCCAACUCGAUGUGGAUGUUUGACUACCUUGUCUACACAACCGUAGAUUCAGUUUCUAAUUCGAGUGCUCAAGCAACGUCAAUAGCACAGACGACAUACAGACCUGCGACAACGAUAUUCAACUCUGAAACGACCCAGACGGAAACGGGCAAUGCGUAA